CUCCAACGCGCAUGCGCGCUCAGUAUGCUCGUGCGCACGCCUCGCUCAAGUCUUGUGCGACUACGUGACCAUUUUUUUUUAUUAUAAAUAUUUAUCGCUCUUGUGAACUGUUCUAAGUAGAUGUUAAAUAAACUGUGGCAAUAUGGAUCGAAUAAAUUUCACCGUAAAUGGUGACAAGUAUUCUUUGACGGGUACUGAAGUGAAUCCAGAGACGAGUUUGAAUGACUACCUAAGGAAUUACCUGCAGCUGUAUGGCACCAAGGCGAUGUGCCACGAAGGUGGCUGCGGCGCAUGCGUAGUGUCCGUCUCACAGGUCCACCCAGCUACUAAAGAAAAACAUGUCUUCUCUGUUAAUUCUUGUUUGGUCCACAUCUUAUCAUGCCACGAUUGGGAUAUAACGACGAUUGAGGGUAUAGGGAAUCGCAAAGAUGGAUACCAUGCCAUCCAGGACCGCUUGGCUACGUUCAACGGAACCCAAUGUGGCUACUGCACUCCAGGGUGGGUGAUGAAUAUGUACAGCCUGGACAAAUCUACCAAGAACCUGACGACGCAGCAGGUCGAGAACUCAUUCGGUGGCAACAUGUGUCGCUGCACUGGGUACCGACCUAUUCUGGACGCCUUUAAGAGCUUUGCUUCCGAUACUGAUCCUGAAUUACAGGACAAGUUACAAGAUCUAGAAGAUCUCCACAUAAAUAAAUGCACAAAGCUUUGCACUCGCAAAUGCAGCACUUCAGAAGAGGAUUGGUGUGUUAUUGAGAAUCCAGAGGAAUCUAUGAAGGUGUUGAGGACUAGUGUAGGACGCUGGUAUAAGGCUUACAGCAUUCAAAAUGUGUUUGAGGUGCUGGCGCGCGAAGGUACAAAUAGUUACCGAUUGGUGGCUGGCAACACAGGAAAAGGAGUCUAUCCAAUAUCAUCGGAGCCAAAGAUCUUAAUUGACAUAUCGUCGAUAGAAACACUAAAGCAGGUGCAGUCUGAUGAGAACCUGAUCCUGGGAGCUGGUAUGUCCCUCACUGACGUCAUGAAGACCUUCCAGAAGUGGAGUAAGCGCAACCAAGACUUCAGCUACUUGGAAACUCUGUAUAAACAACUCGAUUUAGUUGCACAUGUUCCUGUUAGAAAUGUGGGAACAAUUGGAGGUAAUUUAUCAUUGAAGAACCAAUUCCACGACUUUCCUUCAGAUGUAUUCUUGCUUUUAGCAACAGUAGGAGCUACUAUUACUGUUGUUAAUAAUGACCUUAGUAAAGUGGAGUUGAAAACAAAAGAGUUUUUAACAGCAAACUUGAAAGAUAAGCUGAUAUGUGAUGUGAAGCUACCUCCUUUGUCGAGCAACAAUCUCAUUAGGACUUUUAAGAUAAUGCCACGCGCCCAAAAUGCACAUGCAAUAAUGAAUGCCGGCUUUCUUUUUAAAUUGGACACUGCCAAACUUGUAAAGUCUGCCAACAUUAUUUAUGGUAACAUCAGUCCUACGUUCAUUAAAGCGUCACAGACAGAAAGCUUGCUCGUUGGGCAAAACUUGUUUACCAACGAGGUGUUGUUAAGAGCUCUGAGGAAAUUGGAAGAAGAAAUAACUCCAGUGGAAAUACCAGGGGAACCUUCAGCUAGCUGCAGGAAGACCCUCGCUUUGGGAUUGUUUUAUAAGGCAGUACUAUCACAUUUCCUGGACGUCAACCCCCGAUACAAGUCUGGAGGCAGCAUACUGGAGCGGCCCGUGUCAAAAGGUACACAGAGUUAUGAGACAGACAAAACAAUAUGGCCACUUAACAAACCUGUUCCUAAACUUGAAGCACUUGCACAGUGUUCUGGUGAAGCAACAUAUGUCUGUGACAUAAACAAUGGAGUUCGAGCUGUGCACGUUGCCUUCGUGUUAUCUAAAGUCUGUCGAGCUGAACUAGAGGAAUUCGACGCCAGUGAAGCACUAAAACUUCCAGGAAUAGUUGCAGUCUUCAGCGCCAAGGACAUACCAGGAAGGAACUCGUUUACUCCGAACGAGGUGCCUUGGAUGGAGUUUGACGAAGAGAUUUUUGCGUCCAAAAACAUCCACUACUACGGUCAACCAAUAGGCGUGGUAGCAGCCGUUACUAGAAGAGCAGCAUUAGCUGCUGCAGAACUGGUCAAAGUGAAGUACAAGAAGCUAGCUGGUAAACCUGUGUUGUCUAUUAAAGACGCAUUGCAAUCACCUGAUAAGGAAAAAAGGCUUCGUAAAGAUGUGACGAUAGAACCGACAUCCAAAGGCACUGACAUCCAGCAUACAAUAACUGGAACCUUCAACGUCCCCCCUCAGUAUCACUACACGAUGGAAACUCAAAGCUGUACCACCAAGGUCACGGAGAAUGGCCUUGUGAUCAGAUCAGCUACCCAGUGGAUGGACCUUGUGCAUGUUGCUGUGUCGAAAGCACUUAAUAUUGAUGAGAACCGAAUUCUUGUGGAAGUGCCCCGAGUGGGCGGGGCGUAUGGCGGCAAGGCGUCUCGCUCGUCGCUGAUAGCGUGCGCCUGCGCACUGGUCGCUCAUAAGCUGAACAGAAGCGCUACCCUUGUGAUGCCUCUCACACAAAACAUGGAGGCCAUUGGUGCACGAAGUGCUUGUGAGUUCCAGUACGAGUGUGGCGUCAAUAACGAUGGUGUGAUCCAAUACCUCAACGUAACCUACUAUUCUGACUGUGGCUGCAACUACAACGACUCUGCGGGAGCUGGCGUAGCCGUGUGUAUCCCCAACCUCUACUCCAAGGAGAGCUGGAAGAUCACAGGGUACAGCGUGCUCACUGAUAAGGCGAGUUCCACCUGGUGUAGAGCUCCUUCAACGACGGAAGGCAUCGCAUUCGCAGAACACAUAAUGGAGCGAAUCUCCCACGUGACAAAAAAAGACCACGUCGAAGUAAGACUGAAAAACCUAUCGCCACAACACGACACAGUCAGAGAAAUGAUCUCAUCAUUGAAAAUGGAGACUAAUUUCGACGACAGAAAAGUCGAGAUUACAAAAUUCAACCAGGAAAACGCUUGGAAGAAACGUGGAUUGAAACUGUCUAUCAUGUCUUACCCUAUUGGGUAUUCCUGGAACUAUCCUGUUACUAUAUCAGUGUACCACGGUGAUGGUACGGUGGAUAUUUCUCAUGGGGGUAUUGAAAUGGGACAAGGAAUCAACACAAAGAUAGCCCAAGUGUGUGCAUAUGCCUUAAAAGUCCCCUUGGAGAAGGUAACUGUUAAAGGGAGUAACAGCUUCGUGUCUCCUAACUCCAUGGUAUCGAAUGGCAGCCUCACCAGCGACUCGGUAGCGUACGCCACGCUAAAAGCCUGCGAGGAUCUCAAUAAGAGGCUAAAAGCGGCUACAAACGACCUCUUUGAACCAACAUGGGAGCAAAUUGUAAAUCAGGCUUACCAAAAAGGUGUAAAUCUUCAAGCGACAUACAUGACAUCACCAAACGAUGGUCUCAUCGGGUACAACGUGUACGGCGUGUGCGCAGCCGAAGUGGAGCUUGACGUGCUGACAGGGAACCAUGUGGUACGGCGCCUGGACCUACUCGAGGAUACAGGGGUCAGCAUGAGCCCUGAGAUUGAUGUGGGACAGAUCGAAGGAGCUUUCAUCAUGGGCUUAGGUCUCUGGACGUCAGAGAGGCUUGUCUUCGAAGAGUCUUCUGGCCGUCUCCUAACUAAUAGAACCUGGACCUACAAACCACCUGGAGCUAAGGAUAUCCCAGUGGACUUCAGGAUUAUGUUCAGAAGAAACUCCAGUAACCCUGCUGGGGUGCUUAGGUCCAAAGCGACUGGCGAACCAGCUCUUACUCUAGCGGUGGUAGUGACACAUGUGCUGCAUGACGCCAUUGUUGAAGCACGCUCCGAGUUCGGAUACAAUAACAAAGACUGGUUGUUUAUUGAGUCACCGUACAACGUUGAAAACAUUCUCAAAGCAAUAUCACAUAAAAUAGAAAGUUUCAAACUAACGUAACAGGAACG